CUACGUCGCUGCUCUUGAGAUUCUUGACUAAGCCACUGAUUUCGACGUCACCUCGCCUGAAGACUUUUGAAAUGGGUACACCUACAGAUAAUUGUGUGCUGGCCAAUUCCAAGACACCACCUAAUAAACGCAGAAGAAAGUCAUCCAUUGUUUGGGAACACUUCACCCUUGUAGAUAUUAAUGGUGACUGUACGAGGGCCUUCUGUAACCAGUGCAAAAGAUCAUUUGCCUAUGUUACUGGCACAAAAUUGGCAGGCACCAGUCAUCUUAAGCGGCACAUUUCCCUUGGCAUAUGCCCCAUGGCUCGUCUAAAUCAAGAUAAAAGUCAAGUGAUUCCCUACAAUCCUGCUUCCAAAGCUGGUGUUAGUGCUACCGAUAGACCAAGAAAACACUCCAGAGCAAAUUAUGUUUCCUUUGUUGAAGAAACAUGCAAUUUUAUGAUUGCCAAGAUGGUAAUUCAGCAUGGCUACCCACUUCAUAUUGUAGAAGACUCUCGGUUUGCAAAAUUUGUCCAGACCCUUCAGCCACAGUUUAAGUGUAGUGUUGAUACUGUAGAAAAGCUUGUUAUGAACAUCUUUUCCAGAUGUAAGCAGAGCCUUUCAAACCUCCUUCUUGAAAUUCCUGGGUGUCCUAGUCUGUCGUUGGAUAUGAGAACUUCGGAUCAAAGCAUAGGAUAUGUAUUACUUACCGGAUAUUUCAUUGAUUGCCAUUGGAAGUUUCAUCGACGACUCCUUAAUGUUAUCACUGUACCCUUUCUUGAUUCAGGGUAUUCUUUCAGUAAUGUUGUGACUACCUGCCUAACUGAUUGGUGCUUGGAGAGCAAAAUAUUUACUCUGACUCUUGAUCGAUCAAUUGGGAAUGAAGCUGUUGUCAGAAAUCUAAGGAAUCAUCUCUCCGUCGAGAAUCGUAUCCUCGACGGGCAGCUCAUAAUUAGAAGUUGUUAUGCUCGGGUUUUGAGUCAGCUCGCAAGAGAUGCAUUAGACUCCAUGACACUAAUUGUUGAGAAAGUUCGCCAAAGUGUGAAGUUUGUGAAAACAGAAGAAUCCCAUGAGAAAAUGUUUCUCCUACUGAAAAAGAAGCUUCAAGUUCCAAGUGCGAAGGAACUCACCAUUGAUGACUAUACAAAGUGGAAUACUACAUAUCAAAUGCUGACAGCUGCUUCAGAAUUGAAAGAAGUCUUUUCUUUCUUAAAUGCUUUUGAUCCAGAUUAUAAAGCGACAAUAUCACUGCAUGAAUGGAAGCAGUUGGCGAAUACAUUCUUCCACGAAGUGUGGACGAUUCAGCGUGAGCUGAUGCGUGCGGCUUCUAGUGAGGAUCACUUUCUUAGUAGUUUCACAAAACCAUUGCUGGAGGCAUUUGACAAAUAUUGGAAAGAUUGCAAUCUUGUUUUAGCUGUUGCUGCUGUUAUGGAUCCACGGUUCAAGAUGAACUAUGUGGUCUUUAGCUUUGGAAAGAUUUAUGAGAGUGGAGCAGACACUUGGAUCAAGAGUAUUGACGAUGGAUUGCAUGAACUGUUUCUUGGUUACUUUGUGCAAUCACUUCCUCCGCCGGUUUUUGUGGAAGAUAUAAAGCCACAUGUGAAUCAAGAAGAAAGUGUUGUUAAUGCAGAUUGCUUUUCAGAUUUGGACGUGUACGUCAAUGAUUUUUCAAGCAUCCAUCAUCAUAUGAAAUCAGAGCUGGACCAGUAUCUUGAAGAACCUCCCUUGCGUCAAGUUCAAAAUUUUGAUGUUUUAGGCUGGUGGGAAAUGAAUAGGUUCAAGUACCCAGUUCUCUCCAAAAUGGCAUCUGAUAUUCUGUGUAUCCCGGUCUCGACUAUUCUUCCAGAUUCCAUCUUCAAUAACGUACAAAAGGAUUUGGACAGUUUUGGGUAUUCGUUGAAACCAUCAACUGUAGAGGCCCUUAUUUGUGCAAAAGAUUGGAUGCAGUAUGAAAGCUUGGAAUUGCCAUUAUGAAUGAAUCCCAACAAAAUAAAAAUUAAGCAUUAGAGUUCUUACCUUUUAUUAGAGUGUACCAGUGUUUUGUUAGGGGCAUUUUGCACGUACAGGAAGUUAUAUUCUUUUUAUGUUACUCUCGUCAGAUGUGUUAAACUAUAGUAAGAAAUUUAUCUUAACGGUGAAAACGGAGAACGGAGGAACGGUCGGGGAUGGUUUUGAGGAGAUGAACGUAGCGCCAAACGUAUGAAGCCUCCAACGUAUCCACACGAACUUGCUCCGGAGUCCAAGAUUAAACUUGUGCUAGCAAGUUUAAUAUAGGAUAGUAAAAACU